AUGAAUACCGAAGACGUCGACGAUCGUUCUUCAUCGACCCCAACUGCUUCUUCUAAGCAUGCCGCAUCUUCCACCCCCGUGCAGGACAAAGACAAGCCACGUCUUACCGAACAAGAAAAGAAAAACAACCAUAUCGCCUCGGAGCAGAAACGACGCGCUGCCAUUCGGGAGGGAUUUGAUCGCCUUACAGAACUAGUUCCGGGCCUUGAGGGCCAAGGCCGAAGUGAGAGCAUUGUGCUGAAGAAAACAGUGGACUUUAUGCGUCUACAAUUACAAGAACGACAUGAUCUUAUCGCUGAGAUCGAGAACAGAGGCGGUCGCAUUGAUGACUCUUUUCGACCCUGA